AUGGAGGAACGGCUGAGCCCUCGGUGGCUCCUGCUGCCGCCGCUCCUGGCGCUCCUCUGCCUCUUGGUUCUCUACCAAUAUGCCGGCCCCAGCGGGGGCUGCCCCAGCGCGCCUCCGCAGCCCCCGCCAGCCUCCCCCUGCGACCCCCGCUUCUCCCCGGCGGCUGGCGGGAACCCUGCGGCGCGGUGGCACCCGCACCGGGAAGCUCUCCUCUCCUGGGCCCUGCCGGGGUCCCGCAAGCCCCCCUUCGGCCUCUCGGAGCUGUGCCGCCGCGUGCGCUUCGACAUGCGCGGCCGCGACGUGAUGGUUUUCCUGCACAUCCAGAAGACGGGCGGCACCACCUUCGGCCGCCACCUGGUGCGAAACAUCCGCCUCGAGCGGCCCUGCGACUGCCGCGCCGGGCAGAAGAAGUGCACCUGCCACCGGCCGGGCGAGAGCGGAGGAGGCGGCCGCGGCGGAGCCCUCGGGGCGGCCGACAAGGGCGAUACGUGGCUCUUCUCGCGCUUCUCCACCGGCUGGAGCUGCGGGCUGCACGCCGACUGGACCGAGCUCACCAGCUGCGUGCCCGCCGCCAUGGAGCGCCGAGGGGGAUGUCCGGCCAACCGCACCCUCAGGAACUUCUACUACAUUACAAUGCUGAGGGACCCCGUAUCACGUUACUUGAGUGAGUGGAAGCAUGUCCAAAGAGGUGCAACAUGGAAGACUUCUCUCCAUAUGUGUGAUGGGAGGAGCCCCACACCAGAGGAACUACCUAUGUGUUACCUAGGAGAUGACUGGUCUGGGGUCAGUUUACAGGAGUUCAUGAAUUGUAGCCAUAAUCUGGCUAACAAUCGCCAGGUGCGCAUGCUGGCAGACCUCAGCCUGGUUGGGUGUUAUAAUUUGACCUUUAUGAAUGAGAGUGAAAGAAAUAUGAUCCUUCUACAAAGCGCCAAGAACAACCUGAAAAAUAUGGCCUUUUUUGGACUCACAGAGUUUCAGAGAAAAACUCAGUAUCUUUUUGAAAGGACAUUCAACCUGGAGUUUAUCUCCCCUUUCACUCAGUACAACAUCACACGAGCCUCUAACGUGGAUAUCAGUGAGUCCGUGAGGAAGCAUAUAGAAGAACUGAACUUCCUAGAUAUGCAGCUGUAUGAGUUUGCUAAAGACCUAUUUCUGCAGCGAUUUCAAUACGCCAAACAAGAAGAGCAUGAACAAAAUCGUCAAAAACGACGAGAAGAACGGAAAAUAUUGCAUGAGCAAAAAGUUCAUGAAUGGCAAAAGGAGGGAGAAGAAAAAGUAACUGUUACUGAGGAUUAUAACAGUCAGGUGGAACGCUGGUGAAUUGCCUUCUAUGUACACAUGUGUAUUGACGGUUUGUUGAACUCACAAUGCAAUCCUAAGAAAACUUUCCUGGGAGUAAGUUCCAUUGAAUAGACCUAAGUAGUAUUCUGAGUAGAUCAGUUUAAGAUUGCUAACUUAAUUAAUCAUUGGAGAAUGGAACUCCUUUUGUUCUGAUAAAAGAGCUUCUCUUAGCCGUUCUUCAACAAUUUGUGUUUUUGUAGAUUUUGUCUUUUAAGUGUACAAUAUUUUAAGUUUUUCAAUACACCUAAAACAGUGUUAUUCAGUUGGCUGUUCAGUAGUUCAUUAUUU